AUGGACUCCUCAUCCUCACAGCCCAACACAUCUCGUAAUGCCACAAGUGUUUGUUGCAAGUUCUCUGUAGUGCUUCCAGGCAAAGUUUUCUUGCCUGGGAGCUCCGAAUACGAUUCCAGCGUGGGGUCUUACUUCUUUCGAACCGCAAGGCAGACCCCAGCAUGUAUCCUCGAGCCGAACAGUGCUGAAGAUAUAGAAGCAAUUGUAAACGUUCUCGCGUCAGACACAGGUGUAAAAUUUGCGAUUCGCAGUGGUGGGCAUACACCUAACCCGCAUCAAUCGAACGUCGACGACGGCAUCACAAUCGACCUACGUGGUCUCAACAAAAUUGAGCGAGUAGAGGGUCACAGUAAUAUUUUAGCCGUCGGUACUGGGGCCAAGUGGGGUGACGUUUAUGACUAUUUGGAAAAGACAGGAAGAGCUGCGGUGGGGUCGCGUGAAUCAUCAGUCGGGGUCGGUGGCUUCAUCACCGGUGGUGGUCUAUCCUUUUUCGCUCCUGAGCUGGGCUUCGCAUCCGAAAAUGUCGUGAAUAUGGAGAUCGUCACACCCAGAGGAAUUCUUUGCGCAAACGCAAAUGAAAAUGCGGACUUGUUCCGUGCCGUUCGCGGCGGUCAAGGCAACUUUGGUAUCGUAACGCGCUUUGACAUCAAGACGCAUGAAAGAAGCACUUACUGGGGUGGCGGUAUUCUUUACCCUGAGUCUAGCGAGGAUGCUCAGCUGCAGGCAUGGUCUGAUCUCAAGAACGGCAAAUACGAUCCUCAUGCGGCAAUCGUGCAGAGCUACCUAUUCUUUGGAGCUCAAAAGAGCUUUAUGAUCAGCAAUAACAUGGUGUAUCUACAGGAGGCAGAACAUCCAGUCGGUUUGGCAGGUUUCGAGAAUAUCCAACCACAGGUAGAGGGUACCAACACAAUGAGACUGGACACCACGAAGAACUUUGCUCUCGAGCUGCAAGGCUGGCAACCGCUAGACCAAUACGCCGUCUACGUGACUACCACCAUCAAGUUCUCGCCCUCGGUUGGUAAAAAGAUUAACAGCAUCUGGCGUGAAGCCACGCUCUUGAUCUCUGACUCCCCGAAUGUCACCUCGGUCUUGACGUACCAGCAAUUCCCUCCCCAGAGUAAGGACAAUCCCAACGGCAUGGGACUCCAAGUGGAUGAUGAGCUACACAAAGAUCAUCUCAUUGUCAUUAUCUCUAUCUACUGGCAUGAGACUAACGAUAGUGAGCGGAUCACCAACGUUGCUAAGGAUACUAUGGAUAGGAUGGAAGCUGCGGCCGCUGGAGAAAAUGCACUGCAUACAUUUAAGUACAUCAACUACGCAGCAUACUGGCAGCAGCCUGCGCGGAGCUACGGCGAAGCGGCCAAUGAAGCAGCUAGGGGGGUCUCGGCCAAGUACGAUCCCCAAGGUGUCUUCCGCAAACAAGCUGUUGGCUUCAAGUUUCAGUAG